GUAGUUGACAGUUGACAGUGGAUAGAUUGCGAAAAGCCCGUGUUACUUUAUUUACGAAUUACAGUAUUUCUAUAAAGGUAGUAGGUAGGUACCUAGUCGUUAUAGGUUAUAAUAAUUUCCAGACAGUCCGUUUUGCAGAUCCUAUAUUUUAAUACAACAUAAUAUUAUAAUACAGAUUAGCAAUAAUCAUUUAAUAUCAUUUGUACUAACAUAUAAUAUUAAAAAGACAAAUAAAUAAUUACAUACACAGUGCGUGUAAACUGUUAUCUUGUUGUAUUAUAUAAAUAUUAUCAGUUUAUCACAUUCAGUUGAUUCAGUACACAUUAAAAAAUCAUGGCAGCUUUGAAAACUAGGGCCAAUAAUUUCAGAACAGCCAGUGUUUUAGCAACUCGGUAUUCUCCACAAAUAAGUUGCGUACGAAAAUUAAAUCUUCAAGAAUACCAUAGUAAAGAUUUACUGAGAAAGCAUCACGUAUCAAUUCAAAAUUUUCGACUAAUCGACUCUAAAUUAGAUUCAAACUCAUUAUCGGGUUUUAGAGCAGAUGAAUAUGUAGUAAAAGCACAAAUUUUAGCGGGUGGUCGGGGUAAAGGUCACUUUGAUAAUGGAUUUAAAGGUGGUGUACAUUUGACUAAAAAUCCCAAUGAAAUUUUGGAUCUUGCCAAACAUAUGAUAGGUCAUAAAUUAAUCACGAAGCAGACACCACAAGAUGGAAUACUUGUGGAUAAAGUUAUGGUGGCAGAAAGUGUAAACAUAAAAAGAGAAACCUAUUUGAGUAUUGUUAUGGAAAGAAGUUACAAUGGAGCAGCUUUAGUGGCUUCACCUGCGGGAGGAAUGGAUAUCGAAGCAGUAGCAGAAAAAACACCUCACUUGUUAAAAACUGUACCAAUUGACAUAUAUGAUGGCAUUACUGACAAGAUGGCAAAAGAUGUCGCAGAGUUUUUAGAAUUUAAAGGGGAUAUGGUUGCAAAAUGUGCGGAUGAAAUAAAAAAGCUAUGGGAACUUUUCCUACAUGUUGAUGCAACACAAUUAGAGAUAAAUCCACUUGUUGAAACUGAUGAUGGCCGUGUGGUUGCUGUGGAUGCUAAAAUAAACUUUGAUGACAAUGCCCGGUUCAGACAAAAAGAUAUAUUUGCUCUUGAUGAUAUCUCUGGUGUUGAUCCCCGUGAGCAAGAAGCAGCUUCAUUAAAUUUGACCUACAUUGACAUGGAUGGGAGUAUUGGUUGUAUGGUCAAUGGUGCCGGAUUAGCAAUGGCAACCAUGGACCUUAUCAUGUUAAGUGGUGGUAAACCUGCUAACUUCUUGGACCUUGGAGGAGGUGUCGGCCAGUCACAGGUUUCUGCAGCUCUGCGAAUUUUGGAGUCUGAUCCGAAAGUGAAGGCAAUUUUUGUGAAUGUUUUUGGUGGAAUUGUUAAUUGCGCGACUAUAGCUAAUGGAAUUGUAGCUUCUUGCAAGGAGAACCCACCGAAGCACCCACUUGUCAUCAGAUUAGAAGGCACUAAUGCUGCUCAAGCUAAAACUAUUCUCGAAACAUCGGGACUUAAAUUUGACAUUAUCAAUGAUGCCGAUCUAGCUGCCAAAACAGCUGUACAACUUGCCAAUAAACAAAACUAAAUCAAUAAUUAAUUUCAAUAUGAAUUGUUACGCAUGGCGUUAGAACAGAGAUAUAACCAUGUCAUAAUAUAAAGUUUGACAUCAGUUUUCAUUGUCUGUGGAUUGUGAUUAUUCAAAUAUGUCAACCUGAUGUCAUUAAGAAUACUACGCAUACUAAUAUUACGCACCUAGGGAGAGAAGUAGGUCAUUCUCACCCGCGGAAUAUUGACAAUCGCAAGUGGCCAUGGCCUACUUAUCUAACGGUGCAUAUACGAUUUUUUUCCACACCUGGAUGAAAAAGCUCGCUUUGAGUCCCUUGUACGAGGGACAAAAGUCGUCUUGCCAGGAGAGAAUCGGUCACUUUCUCCCUCGUACCAGGGACUAAAAGCGAGCUUUUCAUCGAGGGGAAAAAAAAGUACCUUAUCCCAUUCUCUAUGCGUGAGGAUCAUAAAACAUUAGUUUUAUAAAAUUUAAAUUGUUACAUCCGAAUUAUUAUUGUUAUUGUAGAUAAAUAUUAUAUGGGAAUUUAGAAUGCAUUAUAUAAGGUGAUAUCGUAGUUGCUAAGACUGAAUUAUUUUUUCUUUUUAUUUGUUUCUAUCAUUGUUAUGUAUGUUUUUAUAAUAUAAUAUGAACUAAACAA